AUGAGGUUGUUGUUGACCCUAUUCCUUUAUUCUACCGUUGGUUGUAUCAAAGUUUACAAGGAUAUUGUCUUGGGCGAGACUUUCGUAGAAGAAUGGGAGCCGCACAAGAAUAUUUCCGAGCACAUUGUGGAGUUCGCCUCUGAGAUGGCACCAUACUACUUUGCCGCGAACUACGAUGAUGACGCCGAGUUUCGAACUGAAAAAGUGAGGGACACGCGAUAUGAGAUCGACAAAGUCGUGAAACACCAUUGGAGGGAAAUUACGUACCGCAAUAUUGACGACGUCAAGGAGAAGUUUCACAAUUCCAUCAUCCCGUACGCCAAGGAGUACCGAGCAAAGAACAAUCAGCCCAUCGCCGAGAAUUUGGAGGAGGAAGUGAUGAACUUCUUGGAGGAUUUGCGCUUCAAGUACAUACGAAUGUUUGUUAGCCGCAACUCCACUCGCCACGAUGACGUUUACAUCCCGGUGUUCGUCGAAAUGGCUCUGAUUCGACAGAAGUUGACGCCACGCGUGAUGCUUAUCAAGGACCUCUACGAUCUCGUCGAGGAAGACACGUUCGCUGCCCAGGAGUCGCAAGCAGCUGCUGCGUUGAAGGAGGCUCAGAAGAAGGUGGAUAAGGAGUUGCAGGUGACGCUCGCUACCCUUCUAACCACCGGCGCCCCGGAAGUGACUAAGCCUGUCACUGUAGAGGCUGAAGCAAAGGAAACCACCGCUGAAACCACGACGGCACCACCAACUGUUGAAACUGAGGCACCAAAAACAACCGAGGCCAUCACCUCCGCUACGACCACUACAGCGGAAGUUAAAGAAGCGGAAACGACAGUGGCAAAGAAGCCAGUUGCCGAUUCGACAGCAAAGCCAAAAGCCCCGGGGCGCAUCAUCGAGGUGUUCGAUCUGCCGACAACUUACACGAAGACGCCAAAGACGAUUGUGGCGGUGGAGACGACCGAAGAAGCCACCACCGAAGCCACGACUACAGAAGCUGCCACUGAAACCACUACCGAAGCCACGACGACAGAAGCUGUUACUGAAGCCACUACCGAAGCCAAGGAAGAUAGCUCAGAGGAAACGGCCACUGAAGAGGCGGUUACGGAAAGCCCCGAAGAGGAAGAUUCCGAGUCUGCCGCCGUAGAAGGCGGACAAGGCGAUGGCGCUGAAGAUGACGAAGAAUUGGCGAGGGCCUCCGAGGUGAAACGGCACGACAUCACCUAUCUGAUCCCACAAGAGGCU